UGCUGGUAGCCUCCCCCCUCCCUUUUGACUGUUUUGUUAGUUGAUAUUUAUAAGUAUUUACCAAAGAGCUGCCAAAGUUUAUGGAGAUUUGAAUGUUGACAAGUAUUGUUUAGAAGCUGUUUAAUUUAUAACAGAGGCUAUGGGUAUUUGUAAGGCUUAUAUUUGAAAUUGAGGCACAACAAAAAUGGUUUACUUUCAAAAUAGAAACAAAACUUUGCAUAGUAAUAUAUUCAAUUAAUCUCCUGUGUCAGUACAUUUCAGUUGUUAAAUCCUAUUGUGACAUACACUCACUAGCACUAAUUCAGAAUAAUUGUUUCAUAUCAUCCAUUUAUUCAUUACUAUUUUAAUUAUACUUAUAUUUUUCCACAAAUGGGAAACAGCUGAUACAGCAAGCUUUUCCUCAACCUCUGGAAAAAAGCCCCCUUGUCUUUUGAGCUACAAAGCAGUAUUUGCCAGUUGCAGACCAUGUAGUCUGCCAGCCAGGGGGUGAAACAACACGCUUGGAUUAUAUUUAGAGUAGCAAAAUAUCCCAGGGCAGCACGUUUUUGAAAUCCUCAAAUGCCCUCACAACAUGAUCCAUGAAGUAAUCCGCUAUUCCUUCGGACAGCCCCUGGUUAGCCACGAGCUGCAGCCGCCUAGAGGAGUGAUAGUGAGUUUUCUUUUGCGCUUUUUUCUGUUCAGGUCAUUCCAGUUGUACAUUUGGAACAGCAGUGGUACUACUUGUGCUUCGGUGUGUGAGUUACCUUGUUUUACGCUGUUGCUGCAAACAUCCGUGUGGUUGGUGUUUUGGUAUAUUCUUACAUUAGCAAACCAAAUCCAGGGGGGAACUUUUGCUAGUGGGAGUCACGUGAUAAAUAUGUUGUCAAAUACUUAAUUGAAUUGCAGUGAUUAAAAACUCUGUCUGAACUGUACCUGGCGUGCGGCUCCUCUGCGCUUCACAGGACUGCGGGGACCACAGGGAAUGCUCCAAAAUUUCAGGGUCUUCAUAUAUAUUUAUAUAUACAUGAGCUGUAGUAAGGCGCUGGCAUGUGUUGAUGGGAGCAAUGAGCAACAGCAGACGCUCUGAAAACUCAGAGGAUGGAGGUGAGACCCACUCCCCACGUGUCCCUGGACUCUCCGUGUUCCCACUCACCUGUCCAUGGCUGUAUCCACCAGGACACCCAGAGAUGGAGGAGCUGGCAGAGCAUGGUAUUUCCUUACCUUACAAUAUGCAAGGACUGACAGAUGAGCAGAUCGAAGAGCUGAAGUUAAAGGAUGAGUGGGCAGAGAAGUGUGUCCCAAGUGGCGGAAGCGUCUUCAGGAAGGAUGAAAUGGGGCGAAGAAAUGGAUUUGCUCCAAAUGAAAAAAUGCAGCAAGUUAUAAAGAAAACAAUAGAAGAAGCCAAGGCAUUAAUCUCUAAGAAACAAGUUCAGGCCAAUGUGUGUGUUAAUAUGGAGACGGUGAAAGAUGCAUUGGAGCAGCUCCGUGGGGCUGUCAUCAUUGUGUAUCCAAUGGGAUUGCCUCCACAUGAUCCAAUUAGGAUGGAGUUUGAAGAUAAAGAAGACUUGUCGGGAACUCAUGCUGGAACUGAAGUUAUAAAAGAAUCAGAAGCACAGUUGUGGUGGGCAGGAAAACAGUUAGAAGAAACAAAGUUGCUCUCUGACUAUGUAGGCAAAAAUGAGAAAACGACCAUCAUUGUCAAGAUCCAAAAAAAAGGACAAGGAGCUCCGGGGCGGGAGCCUGUGAUCAGCCAUGAAGAGCAAAAAGAGAUGAUGCUGUACUACUACAGGAAGCAGGAGGAGCUGAAGAAACUGGAGGAGGAGGACGACGACUCGUUUCUAAAUGCUGAGUGGGCAGACAACCAUGCUCUGAAAAGGCAAUUUCACGGUGUAAAAGACAUCAAAUGGGGUCCAAGAUGAAGCUCUGCAAGCCCCUUCUUAAGCUGCUCGGUUGAUGCUCUUGUUUGAAGCAAGGGGUUGUGUUGUGUGUGGUAGAUACUUCUGACAGCAGCUGAAAUUGUCACUUCUGUGGCCUUAGAUGUUCAAUAAACGUUUGUAUUUCUCUGUAACUGUAGCAGCACUUUCCUCUGCAAAGAAAUGGACAAAUUCUCUUGACGUUUGGUAUUUUAUUAGAAACUUGUAAUUUGGAUAUGGAAAUGUCAAUCUCUUUCAUAGGUAAGAAAUGUAGUAAAUAUGCACUGGAAUGUU